AUGGAAAUGCGCGAGACUUCCAUCGGCGAUGUGGCUGAGAGGAAAAUGUUCAAAAAUCAAAACACCCGUACUGCUACAUGGAGCACUAAGAGCUCCGACUCGAUGAAGAUUUCUACCCUGCAACCGGCGGAGAUGAAGUUCGAGGGAAGUGAAAGUGGAGAUAUGAGACUGAGAGGAAUUGUGAAUUCCUUGAAGGCGAAGAUACGUGCUAUGGAGAAACAAAGAGAUUUGGAGCAUGCUAUAAUGGAGGAGUUCAGAUUGGAAGCAGGUCAGGAGAAAUUCACUGAGCGUCGAGUACUCUUCCUGAAGGUAGGAAGUCCUUCCGGAUUGACUCGGUUCAGUAUUUAA